AAAAGAGGCAGCAGGAACGUGGGGUGAGGCAGCAGGACCUGAGGCAGCAGGUCUUGAAUAAAGAAGGAACAACCGGUGGAGCUGGAAGCAUCGGAAAACCAUCCAUAAACCAGCAGGCGGCCACUAACAAGUCAGCAGGUCAGCCAUCAUCCGCCACUCCAAUCAGCAGAACAGCAGGCAAGGCCGCUCCUGCUGCUGUCUCACUCAAGAAAUGUUCCUCUGCUGAACCACCCAACGCUAAAAAUGUCAAACAAAUGCUUCUGGACUGGUGUAGAGCCAAAACAGAGCCAUAUGAGGGGGUUGACAUCCAGAACUUUUCAUCUAGUUGGAAAGAUGGCAUAGCCUUCUGCGCCUUGGUUCACCGAUUUUUCCCAGAUGCAUUUGAAUACUCCACCCUGAACCCCUACAAGCCGAUGGACAACUUUCAGCUGGCUUUCAGCACUGCAGAGAGGCUGGCAGGAUGCCCACCUCUGCUGGAUGCUGAAGACUUGGUCCGCAUGAAGGAGCCGGACUGGAAAUGUGUGUACACAUACAUCCAGGAAUUUUACCGCUGUCUGGUGGAGAAGGGCCUGGUUAAAACCAAGAAACGCCCACAAGUCUGAGAGUCUGAGAAUCACUGCCAUUUAUACAGAUAAACACUCUCCCAGGACAGGGCUUUGUGAUUGUUUGCAGAUAAAUAUUUAAAAUUCAUUCACAAUUAUUCUACUAUGAAUGCACAGCGACUAAAGGCCAGUGUUGGGUUACAGAGAGCUGACGCUGUCUGUGAUUUAGGAGAACAGCUGGUGUUGAGGAUUAGUUCAUUCCUAUGAGAUUACACAUCUGCAUUAAUCCCACUGUGAGUCUGAGCAUAAUCUUGUGAUGAUGAUGAUGCUCCUCGGGACCCCAAACAGUCUGAGAAUGAGGUAAAUACAUACCAAUUUCUUUAUACAACUUAUAUAAACAGCAAAUGUAUUUAAUGUAUUAUUUAGCCUAAAUGUUAGAGAGUAAAACAGUCUUCUUUUAAUUCAAACACCAUGUUAUAUUCUUGAUGUAAAGAUAGCAGGUCCCUAUACAUAUUGGGCUUUCUGUAUAGAACUGCCUCUGAUUUCCAGAUUUUCUAACUGCUCUAACACAAAAAUUUAUUAAAGUUUUUAAAUAAAACAUGGUGCUUAUUAUCCCA